AUGUUCGGUCGAGAUUCUCCUGCUCGACCAUCAAUGCGUGAUCAAAUCGCAGCGAAACGAGCCGAGUAUCAGCAAUCACCAGCUGCAAGGCGUAUAGCAGCUUCCAACGCCUCUGCUUCUGCCGCUUCGGCUGGCUAUGAAUCGCCCGCACCCGCCUCGAGAGGUGGGAGAAAUAUCGGUGGGACGGGUCAAGAUGAUGGUGCGUUGGCUGAUAAGACUGUUGAAGGGCAGAUCAAGAAAUCCAUCAGGUCUGGUAAACUAGAUCUGUGCUCCCUAUCCCUUGGGGCUAUACCUCCAGAGGUAUAUACCACUCUCCUAGGUAUACCCUCCGAAGAUCUCUCUUCACCUCCACCCAAGGAAAUACCUUCUUCGGAUAUACCAAAAGGAAGCGUGUUAGAUCCAAACUCCACACCUCCCAAGGGUCUAUCAAGAGACGAAGAGAGAAGUUUGGUAUUUGGUAGUAAAGCUGCACCAAAGGCGAAGGAAUGGGUGGAACCUGAAGAAUUGACUAGUUUUAGGAUCUCGGAAAAUAGGUUGCAGAGGAUCGAAAGGGAGAUAGGGAUGUUUGGGGCUUUGGAGAGAUUGGAUCUAAGUCGGAACCAGCUCAAGGAAUUACCUGAUAGUAUAGCCGAUCUUCUCAGAUUGACCAGUCUGGAUCUAUCAGGAAACUCCUUCACCCAAUUACCACCUGCUAUCCUUGUUCUUCCCGCUCUUCAAGUCCUCGAUAUUUCCCACAAUGCCAUACAUACACUAUCAUUUACUAAUCCAGUUGGACCCUCCGAAGAUGGUUUAGCAUACGGCGCAGGAUUCUUCACUACCUCUUUCGAACGUCAGGCUCAACUGAAAAUGAAAAGACCCAUUCUGCCUGUUCUUCGAUCAUUCAACUUGGGUUUUAACAAACUGACCGUAGCCGGAUUAGCAGAACUGGCUAAGAUCAAAUUACAAGCUAUGAGAGUGAUGAACCUUGAAAACAACUUGUUUCAGGGUGUAUUAGAUUACGAACAAAGUGGUUUAGAUGAUAAAUCUAUGCCUAUACUGGCUUCUUUGGUUUUAUGUAGGAAUACCAAUCUUAGAGGUGUCGCUGGGAAUUUGGCUGAAAGUGCCAAAGUCGAUUUGAGUGGAUGUAACAUACGAGAAGGUACACCUCAACCUCAAAGUCAAGCUUCGUCUUCCUCCAACGAUCCUAUCGCACCUAACCCUCAAGCAGCUCUGGAUGCAGGGAUAAAAGGGAAAUCAGAAAAACCUAUCCCUAAUCCCGAUAUGACAUUGGUUUAUCGAACACUUCCAGCGGCUACCUUUGACUCUGAACCUCUCCCUGUCGAUUUCGAUAUCUACCUACCUUCCAAACCGUCUUCUAAGAAAGGUCACGCAUUGGUAAUUUGGUUCCAUGGCGGUGGGUUAUUACAAGGUAACAAAGAAAAUCUUCCACCUCAUUUUAGGAGAUUACCCAAUUACCCUUUUCCCUCCCAGGGAGGAGAAGAGGAGAAUGUGGUGGUCAUAUCGCCAAAUUACAGAUUAUCACCUCAGACUCCCAUCUUAGAUAUUUUAGAUGAUAUAAACCAGUUAUUGGUAUAUGUCAGAACGAAAUUGAAUGAUAGAUUAGUGAAGGAAGGAAAAGGAGAAAAUCUUAUAGAUUCGACCAGGAUCUGUUUAUCAGGUGGAUCUGCCGGUGGAUACCUAGCGUUGAUUGCUGGAUUGGACGUACCGAAGAAUUGCACGGAUGAAGAAGUUGGUGGAUAUAGGGGUUUGCAAGAUAAGAAUGGGAUAAAGUGUUUGGCACCGUUUUAUCCUAUUACGGAUCUGACUGAUGGGUUCUGGAGUACCGAGACGGACCCUGUACCGUGGAAAGGGACUAGCGUUCCUCAUUCCGAUGCCAAACCUCACCUCAACCCCAAAUCACCACCAAUCUGUACCGCCCUCUCUGGUGGACCUCGAUCGAUCCUCUAUCCUUAUAUGCUCCAACACGGCCUAUUCCCCGGUCUAUUAUUCCAAACUCAGAAAUCGAUCGGAUACGGCCUAGACGCAUUCCGUCCUACACCGCUGUCGCUCUCUAUACCACAUCGUAAUGACCUUUCGAAAUCCAAAGGUCUACUCGAACAUGUACCGAUAUACUUCGUAUAUGGGACUAUAGACGACAAAGUCCAGCCUAUGCCGAUUACUCUCAAGUCAUUCGAGGGGCUGACAGGAGAGUUUACAGUGGAGAAAGUAGAAAGGGGUGAUCAUGCGUUUGAUGAGGAUCCGGAGAUUGAAUGUAAAGACUUCAGAGAAUGGUUGGGGAAGACAUUGAUUUGA